AAACUCUUUCUCUCUCUAAAGCUCAAUUCUUUCUUUUCUUAGAGAGAGAGUACUGGCCCAGCAGAUCGAAAAUCUUCUUCCUUUCUCAUUUUUUUUAGCUUCCUCUAUUCUUCUUCAACCUGAUGACGAUCUGAGCUUGUUGAGUGGUGUUGCAAAGGCACCUACUUUGUUGUUUCUUGUAUAAUUUGGGUUGUUACAAUUAGGAGUCUUCAGCUGCUUUGCUAUGCUUGCUGGUAUUUAUUUCUGACUGUUGAGUCAAUAAGACUUCUGAAUUUUCCAUCAUGUGAUGCUUGUGCUGGAAAUAAUUAAAUCUUGAGGAGGAGGAGAGGAGGUGAUUAGAGGAUGUGGGUCUGAGGAAUGGGAACAAAAAUGCAGUGCAAAAGCUAUUUGCCGGGGUAUUACUCAGUUAGGGAUCUUAAUGAGGAUCCAAACAAUUGUACCUGGCCCAUGUACUAUGGAGAGAAAACCUUGUCAAACACUCAAUAUUACAAUGGGUUCUUGCCAAGGGCCCCUGUUGAUGCUUAUCAAGGGUAUGGUAAAGACGCAGUAAAGCAGAAAAUGCUUGAGCAUGAGGCCAUAUUUAAGAAUCAGGUGUAUGAACUUCACCGCCUGUAUAGAAUACAAAGGGACUUGAUGGAUGAAAUCAAAAGAAAAGAACUACACAGAAACCAUAUGCCUGUGGAAACAUCACUAUCAUCAAGUCCCAUAGCAUCUCAAAUUACUUCUGAACAUGCUCGAAAAUGGCCCGAUUCCGGCUUUCCUUUGGUGAAUUCUGUUUAUGCAGGACAUUCAAGUUCAGGUGUUGAAGGCAUUCAUUCUCAAUCUAGUGCCAUUAAAGGCAGUGCCCCGAAAAAUGGUCUAUAUCCGUGUCAAAAUGGGAUUAAUUUAAAGGAUGCUGAGGUGUCGGAUUCCAGACCUACUAAAGUGAGGAAAAAAAUGUUUGACCUUCAACUUCCAGCUGAUGUGUACAUAGAUUCUGAAGAUUCUGAAGAAGGGGAAGAGUACAGUGAUGCGAAAGUUUCUGGCAAGCCUAGUUGUCAGUCAACUAAAAAUUGUAAAAUCGCACCUGAAGAUGGUGGGAAGGCCUUUUCCAGUGAUAGCAGGAAGACGGACCGUGCCGGAGAUGCUUUGAGAUCAGAUAUAUGUACAAGGAGCGCAAAUGGUUUUGCUGACUUGAAUGAGCCCAUUCAACCUGAAGAAGCAAGUGCUUCAGGUUAUGCUGAACCUCUGGGUCAUGACUCUUUUCGGGGGAAGAUUGAAGGCCCUGAUCUUUCUGCCAAGUCAAGGUCACUGCUUCAGGGUGAUGGAGCAAGAAAUGGGUGGUUUUCCCAUGUUCUUGAAUCAGGGCAAAAUAAAAGCAACCUCAAAGCUGGUUCACAGUGUCUGCAGCCAGUCCAAGUUUCUGCUAACAAUGUUCAUGAUCAAAAUUUUUAUCUGGAUAAAAGCAAGGUGAAUUUGUGGAGAGAAAGGACAGUUUCUGGUGUUGAGAGUUGCGAAAGGAGUAAUGAGUUUUGUAGUAAUAAGCAUCCAAGUACCUUUAUAGCGUCUAAUGUGCCCAGUCCAUAUCCAAUGCUUCCUUCUUCUGAUUUGGUCAAGUCCUGGAAUCACUCGGUUUCACCUUGGGAAAAGCCAGGGAGUUCAAGCUUGAGCCAGAAGUCAAUGCCAGUUCGUGCUCACCCGUCUUUUAAUUCAUCUGCUACCUUGAGCAAGAGUUCCCAGUCAUCAGUUCAGAGUAAUCAUCUUAACAACAGUUCUAGAUCCAACCACGGUUCAGUAAGUGAAUUGCCGUACCAAAAUGGGUUUAAUCAUGGUUCUUCUUCUGGGUCUAAGGAGCAACUGGCUCGCUUUCCUUCUCUCAACUGCGACUAUCAGAGCAGCAGUAAAAAUCAUGAUGGAGGCUCUGAACAGUUGAUGAGUCAUGGUUCAGCAAUGUACUACAAGGGUUCAAAUUUAUUGGAUGUGAAGUCUGCAAAGGAAGUAAACUUGAAUGUGAUGCUUUCAAACAAUUCAUCUAAUGAAGAGAUACCCCAGCGAGGUCUUAAAAUCAUGAGUGUAGAACAAAAGCAUGAGGACGCUCUUGCAGCUUUGCCAUGGCUAAGAGCCAAGCCUGCUGGCAAGAAUGAGUUUGCCAAUGGUGGCAGUGUUUCAAAGACCGGUGAGCCGAAUUUCUUUCAGUCUUCUGUGAAUAAUUUAUCCAAUAAAAUUGAAGCUGGAAAGGGUUUCAAUCCAAUUUUUACUCCGAGUGUAAAGUCAUUUUCAUGCGGGAAUGAUGUUGAGGUGAGGAGAUCAGCUGAUAGCCAAAGUAAUAGAAAACUUCUUGGAUUUCCUAUUUUUGGGAAGUCGCAGCUUUUGAAGAAUGAGUCUUUUUCUCUCACAUCCCCUUUGAUGUCUAUUCCUCACCCAUCGGAAAGUGACGUGGAAAAUAACAGGAGAACUAGGUUGCUGGACAUUAACUUGCCUUGUGACACUGCAGCUCCUGACUUGGGCCAAAAGAAUGUACCGGAAGUUGUAGUGGUUGAAGACAAAAGGGAUAAACAGUUUUGUAAUUUCAGACAUCACAUUGACCUGAACUUCUGUGUCAAUGAUGAUGAAGCACCUUUGAAGCCUUCUUCUCCAAGAAUGAAGAAUGCAGUGGAGAUAGAUCUGGAAGCCCCAAUUUCUCUGGAGCCUGACGACGAUGAUGAUAUCAUUCAUGAGGAAACAUUUGCAGAGAAGCAGAACAAGAUGUCUUUAGCAUUACCACAGAAAAAAACUGAGCCUUCUCAAGAUGAGCUUGCAAGGGAAGCAGCAGAGGCAAUUGUUUCCAUUUCAUGCGGUCCUCCUGGUCCUAUGGAUGAAUCCUCUUGCAAUCUAGCAGAAACAUCUUCAGUUAACCCUCUUAUGUGGUUUGUGGACAUAGUUUCUUCUUGUGGGAAUGAUAUUGACAGCAAGUUUGACACUGUUCUCAGAAGUGACGUUGGUGAAGGUAUUGAAGAAUCCUUAGUAGAAGAGUUUGAUUACUUUGAAUUCCUCACUUUGAAACUGAAGGAGACCAAGGAAGAAGAUUACAUGCCAAAGCCUUUGGUUCUGGAAAAUAUAAAGUUUGAAGACUCAGGAACCAAUUUACUAUCAAAUACGCCUCGAAGGGGCCAGUCAAGGAGAGGGAGGCAGCGGCGGGACUUCCAAAGGGAUAUCCUCCCCGGCCUUGUUUCUUUGUCAAGGCAUGAGGUAACAGAAGAUAUUCAGACAUUUGGAGGGUUGAUGCGGGCAACAGGUCAUCCUUCAUGGCAAUCAGGAUUGGCAAGGAGGAACUCAACGAGAAAUGGUUGUGCUAGGGGCAGGCGACGAGCAAUGGUGAGUCCCUCACCCCCUGUGGUUACCAUCCCAGCUUGCACUCCACCGAUACAGCAGUUUGGUAAUGCCAAAGUGGUACUGGAAGAUAGAAGCCUAACGGGGUGGGGUAAAACUACUAGAAGGCCUCGUAGGCAGAGAUGUGCGGCAGGCAAUGCUCCCUCUCUUCCUUUAACCUAAAAACCAUGGGAAGAGUCUUUUAAUUUCUUGAUUGAGUUCUAUAGAGGAAAAUAGGGUGUUGUAUCUACGGCUUCAGGCUGAGGUUGCCAUUCGGAUUAUCGCCCUAUCUGUACAUAUCUUAGUCCAAAGUUUGGGUUGGCUUGAUUUUUCUUUCGUUGGGGUGAUUACCAUCUUUGUAUUGUUCUCAUAAAUAAUGUACGUUGCAUGAUUUAUUCUCGGAUAGAAGCACCAGUGUUCGUUUUUCAUUUGCAUAAUGCAUUUCCACUCCUUCUGGGAA